AUGUCUAAUAAUAAAGCUUACGUUAAGUUACAUCUUUUACCAAUUAGAGGUGCAAAUGCAAUAAAGCAGUUCGCGUGCUCGAGUUGGCUGCCAGAUUCUAUUUAUACUCAGAAUCACGAUACUUCCACAGAAGAGUUCGAUCCAGUGCUGAAUAGGGAUCAGCUAGUUGAUACAAUGUACAAAUUAUUUGAACUUUAUGCCAGAGAAGCGACAGACUGUAGUAAUCGUGCGGAGUUCGAAUCAUACUAUAUAUUAUAUAAUCUGGGUGUAGAGCAUAUUAAGAUGGAAAUAACAUUAAAAGCCAUGCAAUUCAGUGAAUCACCAAUCUUUCAACAUUCAUUACUCAUUUGUAAAGCAGCAUGGCUCAAAAAUUAUGUUAGGUUUUUUAGAAUGGACUAUUCGUUAGCUGAAGAGUUUUCUACGGUUCACGGUUUCCAAGUUUCAAGCGAUCAAUUAAUUUUUACAAAAAAGUCUUUGGUAACAUCGCAGGACAGAAGAUUUGGCACAAUAUUGUCUGCUAAGAUUGAUAGUAACAUCGGUGCAAUUAUUGCACCUAGCUGA